AUGGAUAUUCAAAAAACAUCAGAAAUUCAGAUGUUUAUGCGCACAACUAAGAAAAGUGAUAAAAUCGAGUACGCUGCUACAGUAAGGAAAUUGAUUAAAAAAUGGUUGAACAAUAUGGCAAAACCUUCAGACUCAUUAUUAAUUUGGGAAUCAAAGCUUGCAUACCGACUAAUGUUUUCUAAUCAUAUCAAGAAGCAGUUGGCAACUCUACCUCAAGAUUUUGCUUUUAUCAAUGAAGAACUUGAUAAUUGUAAGAUUAAAAUGGAAUUGUCAUUUCUUGAUGCUGCCAUAAAGCAAAAGAACUUAGGUUUGUCUAGGAUAUAUAUCAGAAAACUUAAAGAUUUGGGGAAGCAUGAGGAUCCGGAAAAAAAUUAUAGAUGGAGGAUAUCUAGAUGUCAACAAAUUUUCUUACAAGGAAUUCUUGAAACCGAUAUUGACAAAAAAGUUCAGGACUGCCAUAGAUCUUGGGAUAUGUUAGAGUCUCUGAAGGAAAUAGAUAAUUUGAAGUAUUAUCCAAAUCUUUAUAUUGAUGUACAUCAUAGUAUCGUCGAUGUUACUAAAUUGUUUAAACAUCUAAUUUUUGAAAAUGCGAACAUCCUAGAAAACUACCCGUCUUUAGAGAAUUUCAUAUUAAAACACGGCCAGGAAAGAGGAUUGAGCCAUUCGAAAACAUUAGAUAUUUUUGGUUUUAAAUGUUUACAAAAAUCUAUCAAGUAUGCUGAAGCUGCUCAUGCAAAUAAUGAUAUAAAUAUAGAAAUAAGCACUGUAACAAAUUGCUACAAAAAAAUGAUACAAUUUAAUAUGCAUAAUUUAAAAUAUGCUGAAGAUGAUUUGAAAAGUGUAUACAUUUUAUCAAUGAUAAAAAGUAUUUUAAAAGCUAUGGCCUUAGGAUCAGUUGAAGCAAAGCAACUUUUUCCUGUUUUACUGGAAUAUGAUGAAAUUAGUGCUGACAUGAAAGAUGUGUUUUUAGAAUUGUCGGCCCAAGUUCCAGAAUGGAUGUUCAUACAAUGGGCUCCACAACUUUUAGCACAGUUGACAAGUAAUCGGUCAGAGACUAUAGGGCCAAUUGUUAUCAGAGUCGCAGAAUCGUAUCCCGACGCACUGCAUUAUCCUUUCAGGCUUAGUAUUCUUAAUUACAAAUGCCUAGCCGGCAGUUAUGCUGAAUAUUGUGUUGCUAAGUUAAAACAAGUAUUGAUGAAAAAUUCUUUGAUAGAUAGAUUCAUUGAAGCUAUUUCUUGUAUAUGUCUGCCAGAAAUAUUAUUAAUAAAUGCCUUAGGAAAAUUAACAGAUAAAAAUUAUACUGAUAUGGAGAAUUUAAAACGCAUGCUAUUUCAACAAAACUUACAUCCGUUGAGAGGAAAAGCAUUUGAGGCAAUGACCAAAUUUGAGAAUUUGUUUAGUACUUAUAUGGAAAAACCGUCUCCGGAAUUGUUAAUGGAAAUUAAAAUGUUGUUGAAAUCGCUCUCUAAUCAUCGUCCGAAAACCUUGCGGGACUUGUGCCCUUGGCUUGCCGAUUUCACACCUCAAGAUAGUGUCGCACUUGAAUUACCAGGACAAUAUCAGGGACACAAAAAACCUUUGCCACACUAUCAUGCAAAAAUUGCCCGAUUUGACCAAAGAGUUCUUAAAUGUACAUUGAUUAUUAAUUAUUUUUUAAUUUGGUGGUUACAACUGAUAACAGUACUACUUUCUCAAAGAUUGCCAGUUAAAAUAGGAAUUUAUAGUAGCGAUGGUAAAGAACAUGUUUAUUUAAUAAAAUAUGGUGAAGACUUGCGCUUGGAUCAAAGAAUUCAGCAAAUUUUCUCACUGAUGAACGAGCAGCUUAGUCUUAAUACUGAAUGUAAUUUCCGGCGUCUUUCAAUUGUUACCUACAAUGUUACUCCGCUUACGUUAAAUUUAGGUAUGAUUCAAUGGAUACCGAAAACGAAGACAUUGCGCGAUAUGAUGUUUUUAAAAGAACCAGGUAUUAAAAACAGAGUUGAAGAAGUACGGUCUUCGUAUAACAAAUGGAUCAGACAGGCUUCAAAAACGGAUCCUACAUCAUUUGUCGCAUUGUAUGGAAACGCUGUGGUCCACUAUCACAGAGACGCUGUGAUUUCAAAAUAUCAGGAAUUAGUUAAUAGGAUACCAGAAGAUAUACUAAAAGACUCUUUUAAAGAAAUGAGUGCCAACGCUGAAAGUUUUUUCACUUUGAGGCAUAAUUUCGCAACGAGUUACGGUACUAUGUGCAUUGCCCAUUGGCUAUUAGGCAUCGGUGAUCGCCAUUUAUCAAAUUGUUUAAUAAAUAUAAAUUCUGGAUUUGCGGUCGGAAUUGAUUUUAAUUGUGCUUUUGGUUCUGGGGUAAUGACAUUGCCGAUUCCUGAAUUAUUGCCAAUCAGGCUGACACCUCAUAUUAUGAAUCUUAUGGAACCUACAGCUGCAUUUGGUCUUAUCCCAAGAGUUAUGGUGCAUGCUCUUACUGCUUUAAGGGAUGCAAGAUCAAUUUUAUAUGCCACAAUGAAUAUUUUUAUGCAUGAGCCAUUAAUUAAUUGGUUGGAACCUAUAAAAAUGUAUGGAGUGCGAUCCGAGGAUAAUGAAGCUUUAAAUUAUACUGAUAGUAGUAUAAGUUCAGUGGAAAAUGAGCAAACAAUGGCGCAUUUGAAAUUGCGCAUGGCGCGUCUCAAACUCCAAGGUUCUAAUCCUGUCCAUAUUCUACAAGACGAGUUGAAACAUUCUUUUGUUUCUACUAUCAAUGAAAUUUACGUAAAUCAUUAUAUUGAAAAAGGAAUGGGAGUGGAACAACAUAAUAUACGUCGCAGAUUAAAAAUGAAAGAUUUAACUGCUAAAGAACAGGUGGAUUGUUUGAUAGAUUUAGCAACCGAUCGUAGUAUUCUUGGUUGUACUUGGCAUGGUUGGGAUCCCUGGAUGUAAAAACGAUCUGCAUUG